UAGCUCUGUGGUCAUGGCUCCCGGAAGCCUCUCUCUACCCACAGCCAUGGGGCCUGUGCUCUGUUCUUGUGGCCCGUCACCUCCGGGUGGCUGUGCCUGUUCCCAGGGUCCCCUGCUGUCCCAGAGCCCUCAUUCAGCUCCGGCUGGACUGAGAGUAUGUGCUCUUAGUGGAGAAUAUUGAGCCACAGUGAUAGGGGCCACUCCUGGGGCCUUCUUAUCCCACAGAGCUCUGGGACAUUUGGUGACCUAACACAGGGCUCCUUCUGCCAGUUAUGAACCCCUUGUCUCGGCCAGCUGGGCAGCAGUGCGACUCGGUGCCACUGGGGGAUGCUUACAGUGGCAGUGAGUGAUUGCUGAUCAUGUGUCUCCCAUGCCCAAACCACCCACACAGGGCACCUGGAACUCUGUUGUCCAGACCCCGGUGUGCUCUCCUCCUUGACUGCCGAGGGCCUUUCUUUGGAAGUCUUCUCUCCAGUAUCAGGGCCCUCACUGCCUCCCCACUCUCUUACCCAUCGAGAGGUACAUUCCCAGAGCCCAGGACUGUCCCCAGGACAGAGUGUGUGUGGGAGGGCCGCAGGCACCAGGCCUUUGCUGUGAGCCCGUGGAUUCGAUUGGACCUUCCUUUUCUGGAUCAGUGGCUUCCGACUUUAUUUUGCUUUUACAUGCUGUGACCGCUCUUGGGCACCAGCCAGACCUGCAGGAUUGUGCUCGUCAUGCACAUCCUGUUGAGGCUCGUGGGUCCCACCCCGUGACUCCUGUCCAUCCUCGUCUGAACAAGUGGCCCCUGGCGUGAGCCACUGGCCCAGCCUGACCAUACAAACCCAGGGGAGGGCCCAGCUCUGAGCUGCUGCCCCGCGGGUUGUGCUUCUUCCAUCCCCCACCCCCGGCCCCACCAUGCCUUUCCCACUUCCUCUUACACACCAGAUUAUCUGAUUCUUCCUAAUUUUGUGGUGGUGCUGGGCAAAAAUGAUUAUCUCACUCUCAUUUUUGUCUUCCUGACGGUGUCUCGUGUUUUAGCUACUUGCAACUAUCUUUUCGGUCUAUGCUGUGUUCAUUGCCGUUUCCCAUUGGCUGGUCUUUUAACUGGGAUUUCUCCGGUGUGGCUUGAUCCUGGUUUUCUCUGUGGGUGCCAGCUGAGUGCCGUCUGCCAGUCCAGAGGGUGGAUGGCAUCGUCACAUGUUUGUUCCUUCUCCCAGGUGGGACCCACCGUGCUCCCCGUGGAACAAGAUCAUCUCUCCUGCUGUGACUUUUGGCCUCCGUUGGCGGCGGGAAGUUGUCCUGGCGGGUCCCCUUAAGUGAUGCUUACUCCAAGGUUCUGCUCUGGUGAAUUAAAUGUGUGAAGUUGGCACCCAGCCAGCCAUUUGUCAUUUUCUUGAGCAUGACCAUGGACCCAGCUGGCUGGUGCCUUUGAAGCACUCAGACUGUGUUCUCAGGCUAUCUUCCAGGGUCUUGUGUUUACUUCAGCUUGUCUCAGUGACACAUUAGUGAAAAAGCUAAAGCAACAUCUGUGAAUUGGAAAAUACUAACAAAUUCUGGAUGGCCCCGAUGAUUCCCAAAGUCCGUUCAUACACAUGUCACAUUCAGACUCACAGCUGGUGACUCUUGGAAGCAGGGAUAGCCAGUGAGGGCCACUGUGUGCAGGGCCACAUGAAGUGCUUCCUGUCCCUGGGGCAGAGCAAAGGGCUCGUCAAGAGGUAAGGGCACCUGUGCCAUGCUGACCUCUGCAGGGGCAAGGGUACACUGUCAGCACUGACACACAACUGCUUCCUUGAAGGAAGCCCAUGGUUCUUCCUCUGUCCCUCUGUCCCUUCCUCCUGCAAGGGCACUUCCCAUUUCUGCCUUUGUCAGGGGAGGUAGUCAAAGGAGGAAGGUACCAACAGGUCCUGCUUGGAGAACACCAGAUUCGGUGUGCAGGAUUUCAAAGUCAUGACUGGAGGGUUGGUGGGGCAGCUGUUAAAGGAAUACACGACAGACAUCCACACGGAUUCUGUUUCACUGAGACCGUCAAUCCGAUUUCAGGGAAGUCAAGGGCACAUCUCCAUCCCCCAGCCUGACUGCCCCACGGAGGCGCGGACCUUCUCCUUCUACCUCUCCAACAUUGGCCGUGACAGCCCCCAGGGCAGCUUUGACUGCAUCCAGCAAUAUGUAUCCAGCCACGGGGAUGUUCACCUGGACUGCCUGGGCAGCAUCCAGGACAAGAUCACGGUGUGUGCCACCGAUGACUCCUACCAGAAAGCACGACAGAGCAUGGCACAAGCUGAGGAGGAGACACGGAGCCGUGGUGCCAUCGUCAUCAAGGCUGGAGGCCGCUACCUGGGCAAGAAGGUUCAGUUUCGGAAACCAGCCCCGGGGGCCACGGACGCCGUGCCCUCCCGGAAGCGGGCGACGCCAAUCAACCUGGCGAGCGCCAUCAAGAAGAGCAGUGUCGGUGGCAUUAGUGGGGGCAGUGGGGUGUCUCAGAGGCCCUUCCGUGACCGAGUGCUGCACCUCCUGGCGCUGAGGCCCUAUCGGAAGGCCGAGCUGUUGCUACGGCUGCAGAAGGACGGCCUGGCCCAGGCGGACAAGGAUGCGCUGGACGGCCUCCUCCAGCAGGUGGCCAACGUGAAUGCCAAGGAUGGCACAUGCACGCUGAAGGACUGUGUGUAUAAGGAUGUGCAGAAGGACUGGCCCGGCUACUCGGAAGGGGACCAGCAGCUGCUGAAGCGGAUGCUGGUCCGGAAGCUGUGCCAGCCACAGAGUGCAGGUGGCCUCCCCGGAGACCCUGCUGCCUCCAGUCCUCCCAGGGAACAUGGAAGCUCGGCCUCGCCCCCUCAGAAACGACCACAGCCUCCUGAUUUCAUCGAUCCCCUGGCCAACAAGAAACCCAGGAUAUCACAUUUCACCCAGAGAGCUCAGCCUGCCAUCAAUGGGAAGCUGAGUGCACCCCAUGGCCGCGAGGCCCUAUUGCCUACCCCAGGCCCGCUGGCUGGCACGGAUGCCCACCUGCCCCCGCGGUUGGAGCCCCCGAGGGCCCAUGACCCCUUGGCUGACGUCAGCAAUGACCUGGGCCACAGCGGCCGGGACUGUGAUCACGGAGAAGUGGCCGCCCCGGCCCCGACUACGCGCCUCGGUUUGCCCCUGCUGACGGACUGUGCCCAGCCCAGCAGGCCCCAUGGCGGCUCAUCGCGCAGCAAAUCCAAGAAGAAGUCCAAGAAGCACAAAGAUAAGGAGAGGGCAGCUGAGGACAGGCACCAGGCCCGGUUGCCAGACCACAUGCCCAGCCCCCUUGGAGCCCCACCAGAUGCCCCGGGUUUAAAUGGGGCCUGCAACAGCUCGAGCGUUCCCACGUCAACCUCAGAGACCCCCGACUACUUGCUGAAAUAUGCCACCAUUUCCUCCUCGGAGCAGCGCCAGAGCUACAAGAACGACUUUAACGCGGAGUACAGCGAGUACCGCGACCUGCACGCGCGCAUUGAGCAGAUCACACGGCGCUUCACGCAGCUGGACGCCCAGCUCCGGCAGUUGUCCCAGGGCUCCGAGGAAUACGAGACUACUCGCGGGCAGAUUUUGCAGGAAUAUCGAAAAAUCAAAAAGACCAACACCAACUACAGCCAGGAGAAGCACCGCUGCGAGUACCUGCACAGCAAGCUGGCCCACAUCAAGAGGCUCAUCGCCGAGUACGACCAGCGACAGCUGCAGGCCUGGCCCUAGCCUGAGGCCACGGGGCUGGUGGUCCGGGCCGGCUCCCCAUGCCGGGCCAACCCUCCUGGAUGGUGGGGGAGCUGGGGGCGGGGGGGGGGGGGGGGGGGGCGGAGUUCCAGAGCGGAAAAAAAGAGAUUUAUUUAAACAAAUAAACACGAGGAAGACACGUUCAUCUGAGCCAGCAACGCCGGCUUUCGGGGGAGCCCCUGCAGACCUGGUGCCCACAGGUCACAGAUCCAGGUGCGGGGGCCGGCGUCUCAUCCCACUCCCCCGGCCCCCUCCCCCACCUCCUGAGGAGCCCCCACCUCUUCUCCGGCCCACAGCCCAAGGGGCUUGAGCUUCCCCCUCCCCGAAAGACUCCAAGGCCAGCCUGCCUGCCUUUUCUAGUUUUAUACAAAGACAGCCACUUUUAGCUACUGCUUAUGAGACUUCAGUCUAUUUUUGUAUGAGAGAGAAAGCAUCUUUUCUAAACCUGUGCCUCCCCUCCUUGGACACCAGGGUCUAGAUGCCGCCCUGUGUCCUUUCUGCAGUAUUACAGAUGCCAUCUGAAAGUCGAGAGUUGCUCCUGAGGGCUGAGGAGAGAACCAAGGAGGGGGUGGUGGGCAGGGGCGGGGGUGCAGCUGAUGCCCACGUUUGGCUGUGCUCCCGCCCCGGGCCCUCCCUACAGCCCCGGGCCUCUCCCGGCCCAGGCCCGGACGGGGUCUCUGCUCUAAGGGGGUAGAGGCCCGCCCAGGUCUAUUUCGAGAACUCCAGCUGGCCCCAGAGCAGCUGCUGAGAGCCGGAGGGGCAGAGCGGCUCUCGGCCCACCAGGCCUGCCCUGCUAUUUCAGGCCCUCAGCUGUAGGGGGUCACUGGGGGUUUUCUGUGCUACGAGCUCACACUGCAACAACAGUGUCGGAUUUUCUUUUAUUACGUUCUCGAUUUCCCCCUUUGCUGCUGCUUUUCUUUUCGCGCUGAGACCGUGUGGUCUCCAUGCUGUUGACCUCACUCCAUCCCUCAGUCCACUUGUGGGUCUUGGGGUCAUCUUAGCAGAGUCACCGCAGGGUUUAUACUCAGGGAGGGGCUGGGGGGGGGGAGUUGAUGGGGUCCGGGGACCCCCUGAAAGUGAGCUCAGAAAACGUGCCCUGUCCGCCCACUCUGGGCGGGGGGGCGUGGGAUCCAUGGACACCAUCAUUGCUGCUUAGUAGCUGUGCCUAGUCUAGUGUCCCCCAGUGUUGGGGGACCACAUGUAUGUGUGUGUACGUGUGUGUGAGGGCCCCGCCGGGGUGCAGUGGGGACGGAGGCGUGUGUUCACAUUCAGGGCCGCAUUCGGCGAAGCCACAACCAGGGAAGGCAGACGGAGAGGCUGCAACCUGGAGCCUGGGGUCAUGCGCUGGGUGGGUGGGGGGUGCUGUCGCCAACAGUGGUGAGGCAGGGAGAGCAGAAAUGCUCACACAGAAAAAUGUCUAUUUUUCCAAGCCACGGGGACGUCUCCUAACGGUUUCCCAAAGAGCAGGCGCCCUCACGGAGGCACCGGCAGCGUGCCUGCCCCACCCAAGGCUCCUUUCUUGGGACCCCUGGGACACCCCGAGCACCGAGGGAACUGACCCUUCAUGUUUCAGUGGUUGUUUUGUUUUUUUUUCAUUUGGGAUGGAGUGGGAUAAGGGUUGAGCAGGCUCCAGGGACCCCCCCCGAGUUCUGCAGACAGCCGCGUUGUACGCCUAGACUGUCCUCAGCCGGACGCGCAGACCCGGGUGAAAAGGGAUUAUUUAAGGAGCCUGCAGCCCGCGGGGCUGACCCGGCCCUCUGCCCUGGGAACCGGUUCAAGGGACUCUCAGUUGAAUUUCCUUUUUGUUGUUGGCUUUUUGUUGUUUUUUGUUGUUGUUGUUGUUUUUCUCCUUUUAAGGAAUUAUGAAGCUAAGAAAAAGUUUUGUGCUUUGGGGGUUGAUGGACAAAAGUUCUAGCUGAUUAAAUAUGGUCUAACUUAUUGAUACUGUGUUUUGCACCCCCUUUUUAAUAUUGUACUGUGGAGAAAAACUAUUUUGAGCCAUGGAGUUGGUGUUUACAAGAACUUUUCACUUUUGCCAAAAUGUUACGAUUGAAAGGCAUCCGCGUCUUCAGUUUCCUAUUUUCUUAAAAGAUCUAGUGUCCUUUUUGUACACUAAACAGGUGAAUGCUGAUUUUUUUUCAACCUACAAUAAAUUUCACUGAACCGAACCUA